AUGGCUUUCUCAAACCAUCUCUUCUUCUUCUUCUUCCUUCUUCUCCUCUCCCUUGCUUCCUUCAUCCACGGCGCCGAUUUCAUCGCCAAAGAAUGUGGAUCAAACAUUACCAACAAUGACGCCUUGCAGGCCAACAUCAACAGCAUCAUUCUCGACUUGGUGACAAAGACUUCCUCCGCUGGCUUCGGCAACUCCACCUACGGCUCCGGCUACGACACCGUUUACGGCACCGCGGAGUGUCGAGGAGACAUCACCGGCCAAGACUGCACCGCAUGCAUCAUCGCUGCCGGACAAGAGAUACGUACAACAUGCGCGAAUGCGAACGAAUCACACAUUUGGUACCAGCAGUGCUCUUUUCGCUAUAGCACCACCAACUUCUUGGGGCAGGCGGACACGACCCUACUCGGUGUGUGGCGCUCCGCAGUUGCGACGAAGGAUCCGCAGGGGUUCAAGAAAAUAUUAAAAGAAUUUUUUUCAGUGUUAACGGUGGCUGCAUCAACAAGUGGAGAGAACCGGAAGUUUGUGUGGGGGGAGAUGGAGAGUCGGAGUAAACUCACAAACGGGGAGGAAGUAACUACCGUUUAUGGAAUGGCACACUGCACAUGGGACCUGGACGAAUCGACAUGCGCGGCGUGUUUGGGUGCUGCGUUCAAUAUUAUAAAAGAAGAAAGGGAGGGAGCCUAUAUUAUCCUGAAGAGCUGUGAGAUUAGACAUGAGAGUAUGCCGUUUCUCUUCGUAAAUGCAGCACCAAGUCCUACCGCCAAUAUUCGCAAUAUUACAUACAGCAACAUUUGA